ACACUUUUAAUAAACAUGAACGAAUCAGUUUAACAGGACUUAAAAAAAUAACUCAAUAACUUGUUACUUGAUUGUCAAUAAAUACAUUGUGACCUUUAAUAGUUUUAGAUAAUUAAUAAUGGCGCCAAGAGAAACACCUAAAGCCACACCGAAAGUGCAACGUACUAUUAUAAAAACGACUAAGACAAAAGCGUCCCCAGUGGCGACUAUAAGAAAAGCAGCAAUAUCCUCUAAAAAAACUCCAGAAAAAAAUCUUAAAGUUAACAACACGACUAUUCAGCCUAGAACUCGUACAAAUACAGUUCCUAAUUUGUCGACCCCUAAGCCAAAAGAACACAAGCCAGCACAGAUACCCAGUAGUGCUUCUAAAAGUGCAAAAAAGGCAUCAUGGAAACGAAGACCUAAACCAGCACAUUCGGGAGUACCAGUUCCUGAAAAAAUGAGAAAAUUGCUUGAAAAACAGUUACAGGAUUCCGAUUGCAGUUUAUGAAUAUUCAUAAAAAAAAACCACAUUAUUUGUUCUAUAAAUGGUCUGUAAUAAGGAAUAUUUUAUUUUCAUACAUUUAGUUUUAUUAAGCGACAGGCCAAUUUUGACUAUUGCUUUAUUUUAAUAUAAUUAUGGCAUGUUUCUUCUAUUUUCUAGAAAAGUAUUAUGACAUAAGUUAUAUAUCAAAAUAAGUCAUGUAACAUCUUGCAAUUUGCAAGAAUUAUACUGACAAUUUUUUUUAUUAUUAUAAUAUGUACGAAGGUUUCAUUGAAUAUAAUUUUGUUUUAACAAUAAUUAUUUAACACUGGCAGUUGUAUACUUUUAAUUACAUAAGUUUUUAGUACCUUGUAAUAUGACUUGAUUGUGAAUGGGAUUAUACUAUCACGACUCAGAAUUAAGUAUGUUGUGCCAUUUUAUUUAAUUAAAAUAAAAACAUAAUAAAUUG